UGUAGACUUGCUUGUAGAAGAGCUAGUCCUUGCCCUCAGUGCUUGAUAUGAAGUUAUCGCAAACUGUAUGUAUGACAAGUUCAGAUUUGUAACACAAGUUCAUGAUACUCGUGAAGAUAAAUUAUUGAAUACCCCAUGUAAAUUGUCUCAGGCAAGUGGCAUUCUUUUUUACCUGGGAAAAUGGCUAGAAGAUGAUCCUAUCCAUUAAUUCUAAGAUCACCAUCCUCCUGCUGUACACUAUGUCUCUAUGUAAGAGUGAAAUCAAAAGAGAAAUAACAAUGCCACUGCUAGUACAGCUACAAGUAAGCACUUUAAGUAAAAAUGACUGGAAGAAGCCAACACCGCAGUUACCAGCCAGCUACGGGAAUACAACCUGCCAAUGGAGGACAUGCAUAUGUAUUUGGAAAUAGCCCUGUUUUGGAAAAUGAAUUUUCUGAAGAGGAAGUAGAAUAUUAUGAGUUAAGAUCAAGAGGAAAAGAAAAAGCAAGAAGAAGCAUCUCCAGAGAGAGGUCAGAUGAUAUUGUGUAUUUAGUGAAAGACAUUCAAGAAGGAGAUACCUUAAAUGCAAUUGCUCUACAGUAUUUUUGCUCAGUUGCAGAAAUUAAGAGAGCCAACAACCUCUUAACUGAGCAGGAUUUUUUUGCCUUGAGAUCAAUAAGAAUCCCUGUGAAGAAGUUCAGUGUUCUAACAGAGACCCAUGGUUCUUCAACACACAAGCCCAGCUCCCCAGUGGCUCAGACUGAUUUGGAAGCCAAGCAAGUGGAAGCAGCAAUAGACUCUUUCUCUUCAGUAGAAACUGUAGGGAAUUUCCUUCAGGAGGUUGAUAAAGACAUUGAGCAGCUGAAAUGUGUAGACCCAUCACGGAGCACUUUAAAUGAAGUUGUCUUCUCAUUGACUUCUCAGACACAGCUUGGGGUUGGGGAACGUAGAACAGUUGCUCGAAAAGAUCCCUACUAUGGAGCAGACUGGGGCUUAAGGUGGUGGAUGGCUGUGGCAAUCAUGUUGGUGGUUGGAAUUAUUACUCCUGUGUUUUAUCUUCUUUACUACGAGGUCUUAAUGAAGGCAGAUGUGAGUCAUCACUCAACUGCUGAAUCAAUUGCAAUUCCCACAAGUUCUUCAGAUAGUAGCAAGAGCUGACACUUAGCAAUAGUCUGGUAAGGACUUACAGAAUUCUGUUUCAAAUUUUGGAACUUGUAACCUUUAUGAAGGUUACAUAUUAGGAGACUGUUAAAAUUAUUCCAUUUCAAAAUAUAUUCUCAACCAUAGACAAUAUUUUGUAUAUGCAGUAUAUGUACCUUCACACCUGUAAACAAUCAUCAACCUUUAAUACAGAUAAUGAGCCAUUUCAGGUAUCAGAUACAAUUAAUUAAACAUAAGGCUUACAGUGUGACUUUAUUUUGAAAAUGUGCAAUAGCUUUGGUUUUAUUUUUGAAAAAAGAACUUAUAGAUCUUAUAAGUAAUUAUAUUUUGUGAACAUUUCCAUUUUGACAUAUUUGAAAACUCCAGGUUUGUAGUAAAUGUUUUCCUUUUCAUAUAACCAUUCACAUGCUUGUCUACCGUAACUACAAUGUUAGUUUUUUCAAAUGUUUAAGCUUUAUGUGUAAUUCCAGUGGCCAGCUUAGUUGGUUAAGAGUUAUUAACCUGUUCAGUCAGUCACUUCAUAUUGGUUGGUUAUUAACUAGAGACAACAUGUCCAUAAUAUCUGAAUUGGUUUAUAAACAGUUUUAUAAAAAAAUAUGCAGAUUACAUUUUGUAGAAGUUUUUGAUUUAGAUUUUUGACAGUGUUUGCAGCUCUUCUUCACAAUUCAUAAAAAAUUAAUGAUAACUGUAUAUACAGUUAUUUCUUUUUAAGGUUUUGUCAAGUAUUACUUGAAAGUCAUAAACGUAAUUUGUAUAAUUUGUACUUUCAGUGGAUAAAGGAAAGCUAAGAAAUAUAUAAUAAUGAAUAAAUGUAUUUAGAGUCUAA